AAGGUCAGGCGCGGCCGCCCCGGCGCGGUGGCUCGCCUGCACGGUUGACUUUUCGCCCGCUGCAGCGUCCAUGGCGGCCUUGCCGGUCCUGGGGGAGAAGAUAAACAUCCAGGCCGGCGAGACAGCCGCUGCCGGGGGCAGAGACCCGCUGGGCGCCGAGCGCCCCGAGGCGGACGGCGCGCCCCGGCGCUCCUGGAGGCACAAGUGCGCCUCCUACGUGCUGGCCCUGCGGCCCUGGAGCUUCAGUGCCUCGCUCACCCCGGUGGCCCUGGGCAGUGCCCUGGCUUACCGGUCCCAGGGCGCCCUGGACCCCAGGCUGCUGGUGGGAUGUGCGGUGGCCGUGUUGGCGGUGCACGGCGCCGGCAACCUGGUGAACACGUACUAUGACUUCUCCAAGGGCAUUGACCACAAGAAGAGCGAUGACAGGACCCUGGUGGACCGCAUCCUGGAGCCCCAGGACGUUGUCCGGUUCGGAGUCUUCCUCUACACCUUGGGCUGCGUCUGUGCGGCCUGCCUGUACUGCCUGUCGCCCCUGAAGCUGGAGCACUUGGCUCUGGUCUACUUCGGAGGCCUGUCCGGCUCCUUUCUGUACACGGGAGGAAUUGGAUUCAAGUACGUGGCUCUGGGAGACCUCGUCAUCCUCAUCACCUUUGGCCCGCUGGCCGUGGUGUUCGCCUACGCCGUCCAGGUGGGGUCCCUGGCCAUCUUCCCGCUGGUCUACGCCAUCCCCCUCGCCCUCAGCACCGAGGCCAUCCUCCAUUGCAACAACACCAGGGACAUGGAGUCCGACCGGGAGGCCGGCAUCGUCACGCUGGCCAUCCUCAUCGGCCCCACCUCCUCCUACAUCCUCUACACCGCGCUGCUCUUCCUGCCCUACUUGGUCUUCAGCAUCCUGGCCACGCACUGCAGCAUCAGCCUGGCACUGCCCCUGCUCACCAUUCCCGUGGCCUUUUCCCUCGAGAGACAGUUCCGCAGCCAGGCUUUCAACAAGCUGCCCCAGAGGACAGCCAAGCUCAACCUCCUGCUGGGGCUGUUCUAUGUCUUUGGCAUCAUCCUGGCCCCAGCGGGCAGUCUGCCCAAACUCUGAGGGGUCCAGCAGCUGGCCCGUGGCACAGCCACCUCUCUUCGAAUGGAUUGAAGUCAGGAGUGCCCACACAGGGAGUGCGAUUUGCCAGUGGGAGUGUUUUUAUAUUGUCCUUAUGUUCUUAAACACAAUCAGUUGGGUUUUUGUUCAUUUUUGUUUUUCCGUUUUAUAGGCGAUCUUGAAACCACGCUGGUAUCGGAAGAGGGCGACCCAGACGCGUGGUCCUUGUUUUACUUGUAGUUUCCACUAGAGGGCGCUGGCAGGUCGCUUUACAGCGGAGCAGACUGAGCUCCCUGCUCCAGGCAGGGGGUCCUGAGGGUUCGUGGACGCCAGAUCUUGGUCUUGUGGACAUGGUGAUGGUUGGCGCAGGCCCUCUUAACAGUCCCUGGGGCUCCCGGCUUUUUGUCCCAAGUGUGAGCCCCCUGAUUUGGCCUUCAUGUCCCCUUUCACUCACCGCCACGGUGGAGGAGCCCUGUGGGAUCACCCUGCAGCACGACAGUCAGGUGAGGCCUGGGAGCAAAGCCACCCAGCCUGGAGGCGGCCCAGAAGAUCACUCCGCUGCUGGGUGGAAGCCAGGGGACUGGCGGGGAGGACCCCGUGUCCUCGGUCCCUGUCAGGAGCCCAAACUGCAGAUUCAGCGCCGUCCUCGCUGGCUGGGCUCUUCCUCCCCAUCACCUCUCCUGUGCUCCCCUCCGCCCAGCCUCCAUCUCUGCCGGGUUCCUGUCUGUGUGUCUUCCCUGUAGAGCCAGGCCUGGGCAGCAGCUCAGCGGCCAAGUCAGGGACCGCUGCUGCUUUCCAGAGAGCCCCACGGCGGGCAGAGCAGGGCCCCAGGGGGUGAACAAGCCAGCAGACACAGCGCCCAGCCCCAUGCAGCCAGAGCGCCAGGCCCUGCCCGUGAAGGAGCUGGAAGACACGCGGUGUUGACCCUGCUCCCCCAGAGCUGCCGUGGCCUUGGGCAAACACAGUUGUGGCAUUAGAGAGGUCACAGGCCUCCCCGGGGGUGGGGGGUCCUAUGGGGACUGUGGCUGCCGUUCACCGCGCUGCCUGCACAGUGUGAUUCCUAGGCUAGCAUAGGUCAGUGGCAUUGGGUCCAAGGCUGAAGUAGGUAGAAGCCGGCAUCUCUCCGGUGUGAUGACAGCCGUCCCGGCGGGAAUUUCAGAAUUUGGUAUAAGAACUCGGUCCUUGAGAUCCAGCAAAUUGUGAUUUGGCUUCUAGAGUUAGAAUUGGUCAGUGUACUCAGAAAAACAUUUGGAAAUCGCAAAAACUCCUCUCUUAGAAGGUUUGGCUGCCAGAGCCACGUCCCCUGACAGACGGGCAGAGGAUGACCCCCUCUGCCCCGCCUCCAGGCACCGCUUGGUGCUCCCCAGUCCUGCAUCAGGGAAGCUUUCCCGGCCUCUGCUCCGAGUGGGCUCCCGGCGGCCACUGCUGUUGGGGCUGCCGGCUGCUGCAGCGGGCUCAGUGCACAUCGCCAUGCCAUCUUCAUGUAUGAAUGUUCCCGAAAGGCCAAAUUUGGUGCCAGGUUUUGUAGGCAGGUCACCAUGAUUUGUAUUCUGUCCUCUGAUUCAAUGAAGGUCUUCUUUAGACUUGUGAAUUUAAAAAAAAAAAAAAAAG